AUGGCUUCCCCUGCAGCCUUCAAUGUCUGUCGCAAAAUUUCCCCAACUGAUGAAUCAGCUCCCACCGCACUAUUUCCGACGCCAAUCCGGCCAUCCCCUCGCCGGACUCGCUCUCUCUUCUCUUAUUCACCUCUACGAUCAUCGCCUUUGGGCGACGAUACUCCUUUAUUUGCACCUAGCACCCCUCUCUGUUUCGCGGGAAUUCCCUUUUCUUGGGAAAGUCUCCCGGGAAUUCCCAAGAAACAGGUUCCCAAGAAGAAGGAUUAUUUCCCAUCAUUACCAUUGCCGCCUGCUCGCACUCCGAAAAAUUCCCCCAAGAAAUCCAAUUUACUACAAAGAAACUCCGAGAGGAGCUCCGAGAAGGAUCCAUUUUUCAAGGCAAUGGUUGAGUGUUCCAAGGAUGUUCGUGACGCAGAUUUGUACCCACUUGGCAAUAUUCUCAAGGGAUCAAGGGUACCUCGGACAUUAAGCGGCCGAUUCGGAUUUAUAAGCGAAAAAGCUUCCUGCAAGAGGAGCUGUGCAGUCUCAGAGUCCAUCAUUUUCAUUCCCCGGCCGGGAUGUUAA